AUGGAAAUUUGCAGUGAAAGGCAUCGAUUUCCAUUUUGUGUUGUUUGGACUCCCAUUCCCUUGCUUUCAUGGAUUUGUCCAUUAAUCGGACAUAUGGGGAUUGCAACAAGUAAAGGCGUGAUUCGUGAUUUUGCUGGAAGUUACUCAGUGUCAGAAGAUGAUAUGGCUUUUGGAUGGCCAACAUUUUACAAACAAUUUUCUCCAACCAAUGUUCAUGGAGGUGCAGAAUCUUGGGAUAGAGCAAUAGAUGAAGCAACCAAUAUUAGUCCUUUAUCUCAAUAUUGGAGGCCAUUUUGUCGGUAUAUAAAUCCUUGUAAACAGCGUGAACUUUCUUUAAGAAACCUUCAAAUACCAACAAUUGAAAAUUUGGGUGUUACAAAGGACCAAUUUGAUGUUAUCGACUUGUCUGACAAUAAUAUAAGGAAAUUAGAAAAUUUACCCAAGCUGAAACGUCUUGAGACCUUAUUAGUGCAUAAUAAUCGUGUUGAGUUUAUAGCGAAGGAUAUCGGAGAGAAUUUACCAAAAUUGAGUACUCUUGCUCUGACUAACAACAAUUUGAGUGAAUUGGGUGAUAUUGACAGUUUGGCACUCCUCCCUAAACUUGAAUAUUUGAGUUUGCAAGGCAAUCCAUUGACUAAACUCACAAACUAUCGUCAAUAUGUUAUUUACAAAUUAAAAAGUGUUCGAGUACUUGAUUAUCAACGGAUCAGACUUGCUGAACGUCUCGCCGCCAAAAAACUGUUUAAAGGUGAAGCCGGAUCUCGUCUAAAACGUCAAAUUGUUCGUCGUUCACAAAUAACUGGUUCAGCAGCUGAAAACAUUGAAAAUGUCAGAGCACGUCCAUCUGAAGAACAAAAGAAGAUUCGGGAAUUAAUUUCGGGCGCAAAAACUUUGGCAGAUGUGGAACGUGUUAAUCAAAUCCUUCAAGGUUCUAAUUCACAUCAAAAUGGACAAAACGGCGAUGCAAAUAUGUAUGAGGAUGAUGAUUAA